ACGUAAACACUCACUUUUGACAGCUCGUGGCUCACUUUUGACAGUCUCUAUGACGACUGUCCGCGCCUGCGCGGACAGUCGUCAUAGAGACGGUUAGUUGAUCGGAUACAAACAACAGAGAAGCACGAGGAUUUGUGAGUGCAUCUAAGCCAAUGGCAGAUGGCGACAUCACAGCAUGAUGUCAUUGACUUUCCUGCUUUGGAGCAAGAGCUGCAGGCAGCGCUGGAGUUGGAGCGAAAGUACGUCCGUGAGAAUGAGGCCAAACUGAGGGCUGUCAGUCAGAGGGUUGGCUCCUACAGCGAGUUCAGAGACCUGAUCCUUACGUGUCACCUGAAGCCAAUGGGGAAGAAGGACAAGGGCGGAACUAUAUGGAAACAACCUUGGAACCCUGUUGUCCCAAGCGAUAAGUGAUGCUGAGUUGUCAUAGCAAUGCAACCAUGCAAACCUGUGGCUGUAUUGGUUUUGAAAUGUGAUGUUUUGAGCUGUUUCACAGUGGAUACAAUUUAGGUGACACGAUGGGAAUAAAAUAGCUUCUGUAUUUGUA